CAAACAAACAAACAAACAAAAUGGCGCACAAAAUGAGACAAAGGACAAGAGCAGCAACAGCAAUGGCAACAACAACACCAGCAGCAGCAGCAACAUGCACGCCAGCAACAUCUCGCCAUACUACAGUAACAACAAAGCCAACAACAUCAAAUGGCACGCAUUCAAGUUCAAGGCGGUCAUCGUUAAUCACAUGUUUUAUAUCCUGCCACACGUUUAGCUUGUUGUUGCUGUUGAUGAUGUUCUCUUUUGUGCUUUUUGCGAGUGUUGCACAAGCAGCUCGCAGCAAUAGCAACAGCAGCAGCAGCGGCAGCAGCGCAUCAGCAACAUCCACACAGGCAACACCCAUUUGGGAUCACUCUAUCGAUUUGAAUGAGGAUUUUCGCAUACUAUGGCAAAUCAUUAAUCAGGAUAUAACAUUUGAAAUACAAGCACGUACAUUAGGUUAUGUCGGCUUUGGAUUCUCGCCCGAUGGCAAUCUGGCUGGUUCCGAUAUGGCCAUCGGUUGGGUGGACAAGGGUCAAACCUAUUUUCAGGAUCGUCAUGUUACACGCAAUGGUGACCCCGAACCGGUUGUGGAUCCCUCACAGGAUUAUAUGCUGAUGAUGGGCUAUGAGAAUGCCACACAUACUGUAUUACGUUUCCGCCGGAAGUUGGACACAUGCGAUGGCAGUCAUGACAUUGCCAUAACGAACGACACGAUGCGCUUGCUAUACAUGUAUCACGCACAGGAUCCACCACACGGCUCGGUGCGUCCGGGCACCCUACCAGAUCCGGUGCGCGCCUUUCGUCCCUAUCGACCCAUGGUCUUGAUGCAACGGGCCCAACUGCAAUUGCCAUCGCAUGAUGAACGCGUUCGAGUGCUAGAGCUACGCAAUGAGGAUGUUGAGCUGCCUGGCGGCGAUACGCCGCUCUUUUGGUGCAAAAUGUUCAAACUGGAGGAUAUCAAUCGCAAGCAUCAUCUUAUACGGUACGAACCGAUUUAUGAUUCAUCGUCCAGUGUGCAUUACUUGCAGCACAUAACGCUACACGAGUGCCAGGGCUCACAUUCGGAACUGGAGGAGAUGGCACGCGAACAGGGACGCCAUUGUAUGGGUGCACGAUCCAUACCGUUGGCAUGCAAUGCCAUUGUUGCCUCAUGGUCGCGGGGCAGCGAGGGCUUUACAUAUCCCCAUGAAGCUGGCUAUCCAAUCGAGUCGCGACAGGCCAAAUAUUAUUUAAUGGAGACCCAUUAUAACAAUUUGAAGCCGGACUUUACCCAAUUGCAUGCGAGACAAAUGGCGGAUAAUUCGGGUUUGAAAAUCUACUUUACGCACGUGCUGCGACCAAAUGAUGCUGGCAUAUUGUCAAUCGGCAUGGAUCCCAAUUGGCGUCACAUUAUACCACCUGGCCAAAAGCGUGUGAUUUCCGAGGGCCAAUGCAUUGAGGAUUGUACAGGUUAUGCAUUCCCCCAACAAGGUAUCAACAUUUUUGCGGUCAUGAUGCGCACCCAUCAAAUUGGCAAGGAGGUUAAACUGCGGCAGAUACGACAAACGGAGGAGCUACCGCCAAUUGCACACGACAGCAAUAUAGAUGUUGCCUAUCAGGAUUUUCGACGUUUGCCACAAUCGGUGCAUUCCAUGCCAGGGGAUAGACUCAUCGCCGAAUGCAUUUAUGACAGUUCGUCACGAAAGGCAAUUACCUUGGGUGGCCUCACAAUGAAGGAAGAAAGCUGCACAGUGCUGACACUUUACUAUCCACGCCAAAAGAAACUGACAACAUGUCACUCACUGCCGAGUCUGCCCACAGUGUUGCAUUCACUUGGCAUCGAACAACUUGCAACCGAUUCAAAUCCAGUGCUUAUAUCAUCACCACCCGAAUUGGCUGGCAUGACAUUGGAGGCACGCCUGAUAUCUUACGAUUGGGAAAAUCAAUUUGGUGAAUUUCAAGAGGCCACACGUAAAGGCAGCUUUAAGCCCAUCUGUUGGGGAGCCAAGAAUCAUGUGGUCCCGGGAUCCGAAUUUCUUGAAGGCUAUAGCAUAAAUGUAACCAAAACGUAUAAGAAGCAUAAACGCUGUAAGCCAAAACGCCUCUAUGCCCCAAUCACGGAACGCACCUCACCGGCAUCCGAUCUGAGCGAGCUGCCAGUCCUCCAUGAGCUGGACAACAAUAAUAUUAUUGAGGGAGCGGCACGAAGCAGUCGAAGCUCGGCCACAGAUGUCCAUAGCAUUAGCAGAGGAAAUUGUGGCGAGUUUAUCAGCUGUAUGCUCUGGCUGGGCGCCUCAUCCUGGUGGCUGUUGCUAAUGCUAAGGACGUGAGGGAAUCAAAUUGAAUGCAACUAAAGAGAUGGAAGAGUACACAGAGUCACCACCGUCUAAACUAAACAAUAUAACAGAAAAAAAACAAACACAAACAAAAAAAAAUUAAAAAAAAAAAACAAAAAAAAAACAGCAGAAAAGAAAGUAAAGGAGAGAAAGGAACACACACACACACUCACACAAGCAUCAAAAACUAUGAAAAGCAAGUAAACAGGAACAAAAAAAAGACAACAAGAUAAAGCAAAAACAGAAAGAAAAAAAACGAAUCACUUACAUAAAUACUCAACUAAUCUAAGUUGUCUGUCCUCUUCUCCCAGCCAUUUGGUUACUUUUUAACGCUUUUUCCCCCUCCAUCCCUUACCCUACCCGCCCCCCGCACCACCACCCACCAUGACAACAACACUCUUUUCUCUCGCUCUAACUAUAAAUGACGUCUCUUAAUCCUACUACAAAUACAAAAAACGAGAAAAUACAAAAAGCAACAAAAAACAGUAAAA